UGCCGAAUCGGCUUGUGUAUAGAUAAACUUUGAGUUAAACAUCCACGUUUCCGCAGCGAUGCUGCGAACGGCAUGAUUUUUCAGCCGGACGAGAAGGAGACCCCCGAACAACGUAGGAAUUAUUUGCAAAGCAAGAACUGACGCCGCCAAUGUUGCAUAGAACAGGACACCGCUUCUGUAGCAAAUCCGCACUUUAUUGGGUAAAGAUUCAAUUAGGAAACAUUUGUCGCAGAACCGUGUCUGUCACGAUGCAUACCACAACCGACUCUAAGCUAAACGCUGACGUAAGUACCGUGCACGGAACUAAGAGGCCCAUGGACGACGGCGAGGAGAACGAAGCCAAGAUACAAAAGACGGAGGCAGAAGUGGUAGAAACGACAGAGACAGAAACGGCGCAAGCGACGGGGACGGAAGCGGUGCAAAGAGUCAAGAGGAGGAAUUGCGCCAUGCUGUUGGGCUACGUUGGUAAAGACUAUUACGGCAUGCAGAGAAAUCCUGGUAUGAAAACUAUCGAGGAAGACUUGGUCGCCGCCUUACUGAAGGCAAACUUGAUCACCGCACAACAGUUUGAGAAUGUACGUGCGAUUCAUUUCCAAAGAGCUGCACGCACGGACAAAGGAGUAUCUGCAAUUAGGCAGAUUGUCUCGCUGAAGCUGCCGGAUAAUACUGAUAAGACGGUGAUAAAUGAAUUCUUACCUGACGUAAUCCGAGUAUUCGGAAUAAAGCGAGUGACAAAGGGUUUCAACAGUAAAAAUCAGUGUGAUGCGCGUACUUACAGAUACAUCAUUCCUUCCUUUGCAUUUGCACCCGAAGAUCAGAGCUUGUUAAAACUUGGGGAGGAAGUCAACGAAGACGAGAGAAUGAAACAGUUGGCGAUUAUUGAUGAAAAACCAUACACCGAGUACAAAUUAUCUCCGGAAUGUUUAAAUAGAUUAAAUUCGAUUUUAAAGCUUAUGGAAGGUUCGCACAACUUUCAUAACUUCACGUCGAAAGUGAGACCAUUAGAUCCACGUGCGCAACGCUACAUAAUAAGUUUCUGCUGCCCAGAAACGUUCGUUGCGAACGGCAUAGAAUUCGCGGUGUUGGAAGUUAAAGGGCAAAGCUUUAUGUUGCAUCAAAUCAGAAAAAUGGUCGCAACUGUAGUCGCAAUUGCGAGAAACAUGGUGCCCGAGGAGACAAUCAAUGACGCGUUCAAGACAAUGGAUAAGAUGGACAUAGCGCUUGCACCCAGUUUAGGAUUGUGUCUGUGUCAUGUGCAUUACGAUAAUUAUGGUAAACGAUAUGGCACAGACGGUCUCCACGAAACGUUAGAUUGGAAAGAGUGCGAAGAGGAAGUAGAAAAGUUUCAGAAGGCAUACAUUUUGCAGCAUAUGGUGGACACCGAAAUUUCAGAACAAACGACGUUAAAAUGGCUGAUUGGUCUUCCUUUUUAUUCGUUUGCUAAUAGAGAUGUACUUGUGGAUGAUGAUGUACCUGCGGAGGAUAAAGAACAAGAGAUUGUAUCUCAUAAUGCCUAGAUAUAAAGUACACGGCUCCGUCUCUGUAUCAAAUAUGUACAUUAAGAAUUAAAGAGUUUUUAAAUUAUCGCGAAA